AUGAUGGUCAACUAUACGGGAACUGGCCUGGUGGAUCCAAUCACAGUCUUAUCCAAGACGAACUGCACAUGUCAGCCGGGACACUACUGUUUCCGAAUGAAAGGGCAAGUUGGGCGGUUUUAAGGAGGUUUUUCGGCAUCAACAUGGGUUGUGUCACAAGCAGGGAGUCUUUCGGGGGAUUCAGAGUUCUUUUUUAAAUUUUGGAAGCAUUUUCUGAACUAGCCACAUACUAUAAAUGAUGCGGCUUCCGAAAGUUUAGGUCGCGCUUUUAGGCAACGGCUGAGAUAUUCAACAAUGUUUUUUUUAAGAGGUCACAAAAUGAGUGGAGCCGUCCAGACGAGAAAGGGUUUUGCGAGACAGAGUAGAGUUUUACCUGUUCGUUUCUGUCCGGAAAAUUUUGAUUUUUUGUAGAAAAGUUGGAAGCCGUAGUAGCAGAUGACUCUAAUGUUACGCUUUUUCAAAAGUGCAGACACAUUUUCCGGCCUUUUUUGCACCGCACAGUGCAAGUUUCGUGUUCCCCGCGCGACACGAUCCGAUUCGAAACAUUUUGCACUGUGCAAUUUCAAAAAAUUCGCGCCGGCUCCGUUGAGAAAAGCUUGCGUCGCAGCGAUAUCCGGUUGCACAGUGCAAAAGUUCAAAACGCACCCCGCAAAACGGAGGUUUGUGCACGGUGCGGCCCGCGACAAAAUGUGUCUGCACUUUUGAAAAAGCGUAAUAUUUGAAAACCUAAAAAAAUUUUUUGACAGGUUCCAAUAAAGAAAAUUUUGGUAGUAUUGGGGGAUGCGAUUUAUGUGCCUAAAAUCACGGAGUAAAAAAUAUUUUUUUUUCUCUGACUGUAUCCGCUCUCUUCAUGAUGUCUCGUCUACAGUGACCGUUGGAUAACCCGACUGUCCAUGUAAACCACCAUCUAAACUUUUUGAGAAUCGAUUUGGCCAUUGAGUAUUUCACUUGUCAUCAAAAAUCAAGAAUAAAAUUUUCAAAAAGAUUUUUUUUGUCUUUUGAUACUAUUAUUUGCAUUUUUCAGAUGGCGGUACCCUCAAUUCUGCCUCCCAAGUUGGUACAACCCAGCCGAAACUAUGAGUUACAAUAUUGAAGCCGAAAUCGAACGUCGAAAUACAUUACUCAUCACACCCGGAGUCAUGAUGAUUACAAUUAUCAUUCUGGUCAUCCUUAUUGUAAGCAAUUAUGGAUUUUAUUGAGAACGCCAAGUUUCGCCUCUUUUGUCAUCAUAUUUUGUCAAUUUCAGAUUUUUCUCGUGGCCGGAAUCGGAUUGGCCAGAAGAGAAAGAUUUAUUUGGACAACGGUCAAGGACCCGCACUUCGAGAUGCCCGAGAGGGGAAAUUAG